AUGGGGUGGGAGCUCCCUUCCACCCCUCGGGAUAGCACAGCACAGGUUCCAGAUCUGCAGCGGAAGUCUCUGCCCUUUUUCCCUAUCCUCCCUGCCUCCAGCCACGAAGGCUGGCACCGCGCGACGACCUCCUCCGGGUUCCCUUCGGGUGGCGGCCGCCGCGGAGUCCGGCGCACCGCGCUGAGUGGGUUUGCUACCCACAGAACCCACCACCCCAUUUCACCUGAGAAGCGCCGAGCCUACUGGGGGGUGGGCGGCAAGCGUGAGGUUUUAACCGCUGGGUUGCGGAACGCCUGCCAAGCUCUCGGAGUCCUUUGUUCCGCCGACAGCCCCGCCCCCGGGCCCCUACAGCGUUUCUGCCGGGAUGACAGUCCACGCUCCGCAGCCGGCCACACCCACCCCAUGGGCUCGCCCGGAACAAAGCCGACCCGUGGGGCGCAGUGGGGCUUGGUCCCAGGCCGGGCGCUCAUGGACCCUUGGAGAGGGGCGGGAUGGGGUGGAUUGCCUGAGCCUUGGAGAUCGCCUGAGCCCUGGAGGUUGCCGUCGCAGUUGACCGCACCCCAGACAAUGCGCACGCCCCCCACCCCUCUCCCGGUCUGCACGCCCGCGCUGAUUGGCCGCGGAUAGAGGUGGUCCAGCCCCACGACUGUCCCCCGAGCUUCGAGCAUUACGUCAGC